AUGUCCACAUACUCUGGGGGUGCGCAAGCUGCAAGCGAGAUGGCUUCGUAUGAAUGCAUUUAUGGUAUACCUCAGAGUUUGCUUGUUCUCUUGCAAAGAACAAUUGACCUUAUAGACAUGGUUGAUAUUGCGAGGAAGGAAAGAGGAUUCACGUCAUUACCCAAAGACUUGGAAAAAACAUGUGAUGUUGUUGAAAAGGAUAUUUUCGACUGGCCACUCGACUUGGAGCUCGCUCGAUAUCGCGAUUCCAACAUUGGCACGAGCUUUGACAUCAUUUACCACCAGACACAUUCAUUUCACAACGCCCUCAUUAUUUACUUCUCCCAGAAUGUCAAGCUUCUCAGUCACCGAUAUCUCCGCCAGUAUGUUGCAGUAGUCUUGCACGAUAUUGAGGCCAUCGAAGCUAUCAAGACCGAAGCCAAGCUUCUCGCCGCGCCCCUUUUCUGGCCGGCUUUUAUGGCGGCAACGGAAGCAUUUGACCCGCAUCUCCAAGACCGAUUUCGCCAAUGGUACGAGGGAGUCGCAGUGUAUGGCAUCAAAGCCGUGAGGACGGGGACUCAAGUUGUGUAUGAAGUGUGGAAACGUGGGCCAUCAUCCGACUGUCGUGUGACGAGCCAAUGGCGUACAGUUGUGGAGGAAACAGGAGCGACUUUGAUGCUGACAUGA